UACAUGCAGCGUCUGCGGCGCGCCAGUGUGCAAAAGGAACAUUUGGAGAAAUGCAUGACUGGGAAGAUGGUACUUAACUAUAGCCCAGCAAUAACAGCCAGCCAAUCAAACAGUCCAAAAUCAGACCCAUGACUCAGAAAUAUCCGAACAAACAACAUUCAUUCUACUUUGCAUCUCACCAAAAGUUUUAAAAGCCCAACAGUAACCUGAUAUGGAACGGGUGUGUACACCAUUGGAAUGUCUACUUCCCACUGGAAACCUAAAGUUUUGCCUUCUGAUUCUUAAUCAGCCUUUGAACAAAGACCAUUUUUAUCAUUUGUGGAAUAAAGCGGUUCUGAGAGUAUGUGCUGAUGGAGGUGCUAAUCAUUUGCACUGUAUCACCAAUGGAAACCGUGACAGUUUUCUGCCUGAUUAUAUCAGUGGGGACUUUGACUCUAUUUUACCUGAAGUAAAAGAAUAUUAUAUAGAGAAGGGAUGUGAGCUCAUACAGACACCAGAUCAAGACUUAACAGAUUUCACCAAGUGCCUUCAGAUACUUCAACAGAAAAUAGAAAAAAGCAGUUUGCAGAUGGACAUGAUUAUAACUUUGGGUGGACUUGGAGGUCGCUUUGACCAAAUCAUGGCAUCUGUGGAAACUCUCUUCCAUGCAGUUAAGAUAACCUCUUUUCCCAUCAUAGUUAUUCAAGAGUGUUCCUUAAUAUAUCUACUUCAACCUGGCAAGCACAAACUUCUUGUGAACACUGGACUUGAAGGGAAGUGGUGUGGUCUAAUUCCAGUUGGGAAUCCUUGUGAAUGUGUAACAACAACAGGUCUAAAAUGGAACCUCAAUAGAAGUAUUUUGAAGUUUGGAACACUUGUCAGCACAUCAAACACUUAUGACAAAACUGGGAUAGUGACCAUUGAAACUGACAAGCCUUUGCUUUGGACAAUGGGAAUCAAAGACAAACGGGAUGCUUGAAAGAUUGUCACUCUACUUAAUUCAACUUGAAAUUCAAAAAUUAAAUUUUAUGAUUUUAUAAAAAUUCAGCAUUUUACGUAGUUGGUUUUUAAAAUUUAGCUUCAUUCUAUUGAAUGCCAUAGAUUUUAUGAUAUUUUUGUUCUUGAAGCAAGUCUGUAUUCAUGUUUUUAAAGCCUGACAUUGAAUGUAUUUUUAAAUAUAACCAAUGCAUAGAAAACUUGCUUUAAGACAUGUACCGGUAAGAUGGGUAAUCAAAAGCAGAUAUAUAUACAACAUUCCAUGCUGUAUUCCGGCUGUUGUUUCUAUGCUCAAACUCUUUAGCAAAACUUUGCUGAAGUUUUUUGGUUAGAAUAAGCAAUGCCUCUUAUUAAUUACUAAUUAAUACCCAUGUAAUAAGUUACUGUGACUAAAAAAUACAUGAAGAUUAAUCGAGGAUGUACAAAUCAAAAAUUGCAUAGGAGUACAAACACCCACACACCCCUGCAGACCUCAAUACAUAUCUGUGCAUAAGCACAAAGCCUGAUUUCAUUCUCUCUGCUCUAUCAGAGAUCAUCUCUGUUUUAUCCACUACAAGGAAAAGAACUCAGUAAAUUCAACUCCCACUAAUAGUGCAGUAAUUUUUAUCUCCUUCUUAUUGGUCUAACCACAAAUAGCUGAGGUUUAUUUGUGAUAUGGAAGACACACAAAUAAAUGUGUGUUCUCCACAUCACUAUCCACAAUAACCUAUUUUGCUUGCAUUAAAACAAUAUAGGAAAGAUAUAAUGAAACUUAUUUGCUUGCAUUAAAACAAUGUAAGAAAAAUAUAGUGAACCUGUUAUUUUGCUUCAUUAAAACAUAGGAAAGAAAGAUAUAGUGAAACUGUUAGUUUCUUGUAUUAAAACAUAGGAAAGAAAGAUAUAGUGAAACGGUUAUUUUGCUUGCAUUAAAAUGACAUAGGAAAAAAAGAAAUUGUAUGUCAGUACUGACAGAACAGGAAAUGUGUUUGUUUGUAUGUAUAGUAUCUAAUAUGUGCACUUUAUCUCCUGAUCCCAUGGCAGCUAAGUAUCAUAUAGGUCUGUGCAAAUAAAAUUAAAUCAGAAUGAAUUCUACAAUGUAAGCGGUGUUAAUUAUAUUUUAUCUUGGCUCUCUUCUUCCAAAUGCUGUUUCUUAAAGCUUGCUAAAAUGUAAUGAAAUUAGUUCUUUUGGAAAGCAAUGUCAAUUAAUACCACAUUGUAAUGAGAUCUACAAUUGCCUUAAUAAAGAUAUAAUUUAAAAUAUA